AUUGUUCACGUAAAUAAUAUUAUCUUUCUCCCAAUUCUUCCUUCAAUUCAAUUAUCUUUUAUUUUGUUUAAAUUAUAUUUAUAAAAAUUUCCCCUUUUUUCUUUUUAUAUAUUUCUUCGGCUGUUGAUUUCCAAACUCUAUAUAAACCAUACAGCAACAUCCGAAAUUCUUGCACAAAAUUUCUGAACAAGAAAGGCACUCCUGAGCCAUGGCUCACCACUUGCUUUUUCUCUCUUUGAUAUUAACUCCACUGGCAGCAAUGCAAGGCUGCCAUGCAGUUGACUACACGGUCACAAACACAGCCGGCACAACUACUGGCGGCGCCCGCUUCGACAGCCAAAUCGGGGCCAGCUACAGCAAGCGAACCCUGGCAUCGGCCACGGAUUUUAUAUGGGGAAUCUUUCAACAAAACAACCCAGCUGAUCGGAAAAAUGUUCAGAAAGUCAGUUUGUUUAUCGAUAGCAUGGACGGGGUCGCAUAUGCUAGCAACAAUCAAAUCCACUUCAGCGCCAAUUACAUAGGAAAUUAUUCUGGUGAUCUCAAAAGAGAGUUCACCGGAGUAAUUUAUCAUGAGAUGACACAUAUUUGGCAAUGGAAUGGAAACGGACAGACCCCAGGAGGCUUGAUUGAAGGGAUUGCCGAUUAUGUGAGGUUAAAGGCUAACUAUGUGCCGAGCCACUGGGUGCAACCUGGUCAGGGCGACCGGUGGGAUCAGGGAUAUGAUGUGACGGCGAGGUUUCUCGACUACCUUAACAGUUUGAGAAAUGGGUUUGUUGCAGACCUUAACAAGAAGAUGAGAAGUGGGUAUAACGCUAGCUACUUUGUUGAUCUGCUGGGGAAGACGGUGGAUCAGUUGUGGAGUGAAUACAAGGCCAAGUAUGGAAAGUAAUCAACGCAGUAGUCUAACAAUCAUAUAAGAGAAUAAGAAUCCUGUUGAAGUGUCUGUUUUUGUUCAUAUUAUCAGCUCUAUGUAUGAUAACAAUAAAUUUAUCAACAAUAGUCAAUGAAAAAGAUGAAAUCUAUGGACCAAAAUCAGCCUUCCAUAUCAAAGACAAGGAAAAAAAAGAGAUAAGCCAAAGCCAUAAAUAAGAGUCUCAUUUGUAGAUGAAAAUACUUCUGUUUUGGGCAUUUCUUUUUCGCAAAGUUCAGUGAACAAGAACUGCUGAAAGUUUUCGAA